GCCCGGCUCUCCCCACCUCGUGCCCCGGGCAGUGCGGGCGCCCCGAGCGCUCCGUGACGGCCGAGCCGGCGCCAUCGUCCCACCACACCCCAACCGCCGCUCCGCGGACUCCCCGUCCCGGGCCGCCGCAGAGGGAUGGCGUCGGUGCUGCUGGACCUGGUGCACUUGUCAACCUGGGCCGUGUGUGCCGUGAUCAAGCUGCCGCAGCUGGUGGCGGUGCUGAGGGCCGGCUCGGCGUCGGGACUCAGCCUGAGCAGCCUCCUCAUGGAGCUGGCCGGCCACAUUGUGUUUCUGAGGUACCAGAUCUACUAUCAUUACCCUCUGAAGACAUACCUGGAGUAUCCCAUCAUCAUUGCACAAGAUGUCAUUCUCAUUUACUGUAUUAUGCAUUUCAGUGGAAAUGCAAAACGUGCUUUGGUCUAUGCACUCAUAUAUUGGGGGGGCUGGUACAUGCUAACACUGGAGAAGUGGAUAAUAGACCUGGCUAUGAAUGUGUGCACAUUCAUCAGUGCAGCUAGUAAGCUGGUUCAGCUGCAGCAUCUCUGGCAGACCAAAGAUUCCGGACAAGUGAGCACCCUGAGCUGGGGAAUGUCUGUAUACACUUCUUCAGCAAGAAUUAUUACAACUGUAAUGACUACAAAUGAUCUUGCAGUUCUCAUCCGUUUCAUAAUCAUGCUCAUUCUCAAUAUUUGGGUCACAGCUACAAUCCUGCACUACAGGAAGACUAAAAAGACUGGUUAGAAGACACUCAUCAGUACAUAUAUCAUUACCAUGAAAAAAAUAUAUAAUUAAGCCUAAAGAAUUUAAGAAU